GCGAUUUAUUAGGGUUUCUCCCGUCGGCCGCCAAUAACGAACUAGGGUUUUUGAAAGGAGAGCGGGGCGACGAAGAGGAGCGCGGCGGCGAUGGUGGAGAAGGCGAGUAAAGGGAGGAAGGAGGAGGUGGUGACGAGGGAGUACACCAUCAACCUCCACAAGCGCCUCCAUGGAUGCACUUUCAAAAAGAUGGCUCCCAAGGCCAUUAAGGAGAUACGGAAAUUUGCACAGAAGGCAAUGGGUACCACGGAUGUCAGAGUUGAUGUGAAGUUGAACAAGCACAUAUGGAGCAGAGGGGUCCGGAGUGUACCGAGGCGGGUUCGUGUGAGGAUUGCUCGCAAGAGGAACGAUGAGGAAGAUGCUAAGGAAGAGCUCUACUCCUUGGUCACCGUUGCUGAGGUCCCACCAGAGGGGUUCAAAGGGUUGGGCACUAAGAUUGUCGAUGAAGCCGAUGAUUAAAUUUCCUUGUUAGUAGUCAUUAAUGCAGUGGAUCUUUGUUUUGUCUUCUUUCAGUGAAAUUUGGACUAAGCUUAAAAUGCUUGCAACUGUGAUACUCGUUGAGUUUGCCUCACGCAUUUAAGUAGAACAUAAUCUUCUCUCCUACUCAAUUUCUUUUAUUUGUUGGAUUUUGGUUUUUUACCUUUACAACAAUAUUAGUUGUCUGGCUGAUGGGUUAAAA